ACGAUGAGCAGUUCUAGUUUAAUAUAUGUUAUUCCGCCGUAUCUUCUCAACACAUGCAUCGGCAGUAAGCUUCAGCACGACCUUGCAAAACGUGAUUCUCAGUUGAGUCUGUUGAAUGUGAUUCUGACUGAUUCCGACAACUUCCACAGUGAAAAGUCCAAGACAGAAGGUCACCAACGGUUUUCUGAUGAUCCAUACUUGAACGAGAUUAUCCGAGAGAAGGUUUUGUACAAGUUAGCAGUCAUCGGUGCAUUGGGAGAUAAUCCGAUGGAGUUUGUAAGUCACGAUACUGGAUACUUGUAUGAGCAGUUUCUUGUGUUCAAGCAUCGGUUGCUUCAGGAGGAAGGUGAAAAUGCUGCGAGUAAUGGCACUGAACAGGAGGCUGUAAUAGUUGAUACGCCCGGUACCACGAAGACACAACUGUCAAUGUUUUCGCUGUCGAAGGUAGGCGAAGUAAAUUUUUCAGGGUUGUCUCACGACUUUCCUCCACAGUACAAGAAAUACCACCAGUAUUCGCUAAAAGAGCUCUUGUUGGCAACCAAGAAGAAUGCCAGUCAUAAGUACAAGUUUCCAUCCAGUUUUGUACGUUUAGACAACGCUCGGUUCUUUGAGUAUCCAUUGCCCAUUUCGUGGGUCCCCUUUGUGCCCAAUGUGUAUCUUGAAUUUUUGGAUGGUCUAGGAUUGGAGAUUGACAAUGGUCUGGGCCAUUCAGUAGUGAAAUUGUCGACUUCUGGGCCUCUUAGUAAGUUCAGCAGUCUUCGAGAAGAUAUGAAGGUGCGUAGUAAGUUCUGCAACUUCAUUUCCGACAAACCAGUAAGACCCUCAACGGGAAUAUUCUACUAUGAAAUUGAAGUUGAACAAGAGGCCACUGAAGCUAGCGGAUUCAGACCCAUUCUCGCAAUGAAAGAUCAGUCAGUCAGCCUGGACUCAUCGUUAUAUCUCUGUGCUGGUUUCACAAAGAAGUAUAUCACCUUGGAAGCUACACCCAACAACAAUAUCGUGAACCAGGCGACUCUGGAGCUAGUAAAUUUGGAGCAAAUCAAGACUGACAUCUUCUCCAAGGAGAGCAACUUAAUCAACGAACUGGUUUCUGAGGAUAUAGAAGAUUUGUUGGGCCAUAAGCCCGGGGACUUCAAGGGAAGCUAUGCAGUGAGCUUCGAGGACCUGGCCUUCUACAACUCCGUCAAGAGCUCGGAGUCAUUACAGAGAACAGCCAUCUUAAACAUGAACAGAAGAUCCACCAUCUUGAACAGAAGCAAUCCCAACCAGAACGACACUGGGCGGAUUGACAUUGGCAUUCCAUUCAAGACCAGACUCGUACUGGAGACUCCAAGUAAGAGACUAUACAAGACCGAUUCUGUAGGCUGUGGUAUUAACUUUAUUGAUAAGUCGCUUUUCAUCACGUUGAACGGAGUUUUGGCACGAGUUAUCACCGAAGAAGAGUUGGCUUCUAGUAGUCCCUUAAAAGACAACUUGUUCAAUGAUGGCUUUGACAAGUCAAAGAUGGAUAAUUCAGUCUAUCCGAUGAUUGGUUUUGGUUUGAACGAUAUAGAUCCUCAAGAAGCAAAGGAGCCGUCUACUUUACAGGUCAGGACCAACUUUGGAUUCAAAGAGUUCAAGUUCAACAUCGCCAACUACGUCAAGAACUUCAAGCUAGAGAAUCAGAAAUUCUUGUACUUGUCGCUUUUGGACAAGAUCCAGAGCAGCAAAGCACCGGCCACAGAGUCUGCGGCAACAAUUGAACAAUGUAUCUUAAACGUCAAUGACGAUUGCGGAAUGUUGAACAAGCUCAUCAAGGGCUAUCUCAAUCACGAAGGGUACUUGGAUACCUUCAAGUCAUUCAACGCUGACCUCAAGAAUUUGUCACAGGAAAUUGAUCCCUCAAAUGAGCCCCCAAUAGACGAUUCAGUAAUCUUGAGCAAAUCUCAGGCUAUACAUAGACAAACGGUGAAGAAUUACCUUAUGAAGAACGAGUUUGAUUUGCUUUUGAAAUUUCUCUCCAUCAAUUAUGCCAAAGUAUGGUCGUCUUUCAGCGGAAGCCAGUUGAUUUUUAAAAUUAAUUUGUUGAAGUUCAUCUACUUGCUCAAGAAUUAUCUUGAGCACAAAUUCAAAGUCCAUGAGUACGAGUUUGAUUUCGAGUUACAGGUUAAGGAUGAUCGUACUGAAAGAGAACUUUAUGAACGGGCGUUGUCUUUCCGCAACGAGUUACAUGAUACAUAUCAUCUUAACGCCCAAAGAUUGGAAGAAAUCGACGAGCUUUCUGCAGUAUUCUUAGUUAAUGACAGGAAAGGUUUGGAAAGCUUUCCUAAAUUGAUGCCAAUGUUUGACAAGUAUACCAAGCUUCAGACAGAGCUACUAGCUGAAAUCAAUAGAAUGAUCUUGCAGAGCUUGGGCUUUAAGCAAGUUUCGAAUUUGGAGAGCAUAUUUGACAACGUCAAUAAGAAUAUCAACGCAUUGAGUCUUCAGCAUCACGAUGAUAAGUUCUCCUUGGUGAACUUCGAGAGAGAUCACAUGGAUUUAUGAUAUAUACAAGGAAUAAGAAUAAUAUGAGAAUAUG